GCUUAGGCCGCCCUAGAUAUACUUAAACUGGAGAUAGACUGUUGUACACACAUACAUGCACCAACGCAAUCAUAAACACUUAUAUUAAUAGAUGAAAAUAGACACACGAUAGUACUAUCAGCACACUAUGGGUAUCAUACUAAAAGAUGUGGACAGUAGCGACGAUGAAGAGUUCGAUGGAGACAUAGUCAGCAAUGUAGGCGAUAGCGAUACCAGUAUAGGCUCUGAGCAUGUGUUUAAGGCUCCAUUGCCUGUCACAAGAUCACAAGAUAUUGGAGAUAAAGAAGAGAUUGAUGGGGGGUUAAUUAGUGGUUUUGACGAUACAGAUAACAGUUUAGUCUUCGUGCGUGUGUUCAGGGCACCUUUGCCUGAUGCAAGAGCUCAUUGGUUGUUAUAG